AUGGCCGACCGUGACCAUUUGAACGACCUUUCGUGUGACGACGUAACCGACGCCCAGAAUUCCGAUAGCUCCGUUUCCGACAAUGACUCUCAAAGUGCGACUUACCCACAGCAUGGAGGACUUAGACCCGCUGGGGGCCUCCCUGCAUUUGUGCCGUUUGCCGCGUGGAAGCCAGCCCGAUCGUACCAGAACACGCAAACCCUGCGUUACAAUGUCGAGUGGAAGCUGUUUGUAAAGAACCGAGAGCGCGCUGGCCAGUCUGAGCUCGACAUUGUACUCAGUCCAAGAGAGUUCUGGAAGCAUGUCUUGCGUCCGAAGCUCAAGGAGGAAAGCGAGGAUAAGCCCUGGAAGGCUGCAGCGGCUCUGUUCGUCUUGUCGGUCAACGAUCGCAGGACAAAGAGCAUCAAGAAACGCUAUCAAAGCCAAUCAAAGAUCGAAUGGCCGUUUCUAGCGCAAACGCUGCAGGAAUGGAGUAAGUCACUUGGCAAUGAGAAAAUCUUUUCGAUUGAAGCCAAAUUCUACUACGAGCAAUCCGCUAGUCAGGAUGCUGCAGCUAAAGCCGGAAGGGGGGCCUCGAACCAACAAAGAGCUGUACUUGGAGCUGCCAUCAGCGAAGAGAUAGCUUAUAUGGGAAAGCCUGCAGCCAUCCGCACAGCUUAUGCCACGAUGCGAUGCAGUGAGCCUCCUUGCAUGUCUAAAGGAGCGACUCAUUGCUGGGUCUACAACACGAAGCACUACAGACUGUGGCCUCAUCAUAUCAGGAUGCUUGCUGACCACUUACAAUCUGGAGGCAUUCUUCAUGGACACGACGAUGUGCCGGACACAUUCAAAGAGCGACUUCUUGAAGAAGAGCAGAACUGGGAAGAGAGGGAACGUAAAAAAAAGGAGCGUAAGAGGAAACGACGAGACUCGGGUGACUCGUUGACGAUUGUUCCUUGCCAACUUGGCCACGACGGUUCAGGUGCUCCUGUCACUCCCGACAUGGUUUUUCCUACGUCACCACUGUACACCUUUGACAUGCCUAGCGAGGAUACCGUUGCUGCUUACAGUGUCUACCAGCGCAGCCAGUACAAAGGUGAUGAACAAAAGUCAUAUAUCGACUUAGUUCAGGACAUGACCAUCGUCAACGGUUAUACUCUCGACAUGAUUGCCUGCAACCAGGGAAAGAUGUGCAGAUUUUACGAGAAGCACGGCAUCCCGCAAGGUAUUGCUUGGAAUUACGUGUGUAAAAUUCCAUGGUUUGUAAAGAUGCAAGCCAGGUCACGGAAUAUGGGGUGA